AGAAAGAGAGAGAGAGAGAGAUACAUACGUUCUCGUCGCACACGUUAACCUGCACCUGCGAUGCCGAGCUGAUGAGUUUAAUUCCCAUUGAGAAGUUUUCGAUUGAAAGUCGCUUGGAAGCCCGGAUUAGGAAAAGAAAAAAAGAGAAUAAAAUAUGGCCAGCAAAGUAUGGCAUACAGAAUUGUGGAAGUCGUGGGAUAAACACGGAAGAAACGAUUUCCUCAAGCUAAUCAAGCACAAAUUUAAGGAAGGCCACGCAUCAGAAUGGAAGCGCGGAUUGUACGAAUUAAUAUCAAAUGGAACCCAUGGAAAUAUAAAAAAGGACAGUGUGGUUCAGACAUUAGGUGAACUUAUGAAUUUUGAUGGUGCAAUACCAUCUGCAAUAGUAGAUAUAUUUACUUUAAUUGAUGCAGAAGCGUAUAAUGAAGAAAGGAACAACUUUUAUUAUAUUGUGAAAGAGUCUGAAAAGUUUUUGACCGACAGAAUAUUGAAAGAACGUUUAGAAAUUGAAACUUUGCAAGAUGUAGGAACCUUGAAAAACAAAAAUUUUCAAACCAAGUUUAUAAAAGUGAAGACAAAAUUAUAUUAUAAGCAGAGGAAGUUUAAUUUAUUUCGUGAAGAGAGCGAAGGUUAUUCCAAGCUUAUUGUAGAAUUAAAUCAAGAUCGCCCGGACAACGAGGUAGCCUCGAGCCUGGAAAUCGUGAAAUCCCUUAUCGGUUAUUUUAAUCUCGAUCCUAACAGAGUGCUCGACAUCUUGCUGGAAACUUUUGAAAACCGACCGCAAGAUGAUGCUCUAUUUAUUCCCUUAAUACGCUCGUACAUGAGUGAUCAACAGGUACUCUGCGAGGUGCUGGGAUUCAAGUAUUGCUCCACCGUCAACGUUACCCCAUUCUCCCUGCAGAAGGUCACUGCACUUAUGCUGCAGCACAAUGUGAUUAAACUGGAUGACAUAUUGCCCUGGCUGGUGCCGGAUGAUAAGACUAUCAUAUCGGAUCACGAACAGGGCAUGAAACAGGCCAAGGAAUAUGUGCGAAAAUUGAGCGUCAUCUCGACGAAGGAUAAAGAGGAUGUUGUGGAAGAGAAGGAGAUUGCACAAGACAAAUAUUCGAACAAUCAAAAAUUUGUAUUAUGCGAGGCUCUUCUGGAAAUCGGAGCUUGGGAAGUGGCACAAAAUUUAUUCAAUCGUUUACCAGACUGUUGUUUUACGGAUCAACGACCCAUAGCUUUAGCCUUGUGCAAAAUGAUUCAGACCCUUAUCGAACCCGUGUACAGAAAACAUUGCAUCGUUUCCCCGAAGUUGCCGGGUCGUAAGGUGCCGCCCUUGAAGAGCGCCCUGGCGCCGCCGUUGAUACACAACCUGGAGGAUAUUCACGAGCACCUGCUACCGAUGUUGAUCGUUCUCGGGCCGAAUCUGCAUCACGAUCCCAUUCUGAUGUACAAAGUGAUGAGGCUGUGCCACACCGUGAUGAAGCACUGUCCCCUGGACGCGAGCAAGCAGCCGUUGAACAAGAACUGUAGCUUGUAUUAUGACGUGCUGACGAUCCUCGACGUCGCGUUGCUGCCCUCGCUCUCCUUCAUGGACUGCAACUGCUGCGUCGCCGAGGAGCUCUGGAACAUCCUCAAGUACUAUCCCUAUCAAAAUCGUUACUGCCUGUACGCGCGCUGGAAGAACGACACCCCGUUGCAGCACGCGGCGUUGCUGCGGAAACGGGCGGACGCCCAGAAGAAGAUCAAGUCGAUCAUGAAGCGGGUCAGCAAGGAGACCAUCAAGCCGGUCGGCCGAUCCAUAGGCAAGCUCACCCACUCCUCGCCGGGUGUGCUCUUUGAUUAUGUUCUAAUUCAGAUCCAGUUGUACGAUAAUCUCAUAGGACCUGUGGUAGACUCUUUAAAAUACUUGACAAAUAUUUCGUAUGACGUGUUGGGAUACUGUCUUGUGGAGGCGCUGGCUGGUGCUGACAGAGACAGAUUCAAGCACGAUGGUACCAGUAUAUCCUUAUGGUUGCAGUCUCUGGCUUCGUUUUGCGGAGCGAUAUUCAAAAAAUAUAACAUUGAAUUAACAGGAUUGUUGCAGUAUGUAGCAAAUCAACUUAAAGCUCAAAAGAGCCUAGAUUUACUGAUAUUAAAGGAAAUAGUACAAAAGAUGGCUGGUAUCGAAGCAGCCGAAGAAAUGACAUCUGAUCAAUUAGAUGCAAUGGCGGGUGGAGAUUUGUUAAAAAUCAAGGCCGGUUACUUCAGUCAAGUCCGUAACACGAAGAAAUCCUCGCAGCGUUUGAAGGAAGCUCUCGCCGAGCACGAUCUCGCUGUCGCCUUAUGCUUAUUAAUGGCACAGCAGAAGCACUGCGUCGUUUAUAGAGAAACAGAUAAAUCUCACCUGAAACUUGUUGGCAAGUUGUACGAUCAGUGUCAAGAUACGCUGGUGCAAUUCGGAACGUUCUUAGGAUCGACCAUGACAGUAGACGAAUACGUGGAGCGACUACCUUCGAUCCAUUCUAUGCUCCAAGAUAAUCACAUACAUGCCGAUGUUGCAUUUUUUCUGGCGAGGCCGAUGUUCGCACAUGCCAUAAAUAUAAAAUAUGACGCUCUUCGUAAAGCCGAUCCGAAUUACAAGAAGAUGUCCACUGCUAUGAAGCAACUGAAAUAUGCAGAAGCAGCUCAAGCUGUUAUGGCACCGGUGGCCCAGUCAGUCAGGCCAUUGCAUCCGCCAAAAGUAUGGGAGGACAUAUCACCGCAAUUCUUAGUCACAUUCUGGUCCCUCUCGAUGUACGAUUUAUAUGUACCAGUGGAAAGCUAUCAGAGGGAAAUCAGCAAAUUGAAGCAACUUGCAGCGCAGACGGCUGAUUCCAAAGAUAUGAAUGUAAGUAAAGGAAAGAAGGAACAGGAAAAGUACACUACUCUUAUUGAGAAGCUGCAAGACGAAAAGAAAAAGCAAGAGGAACACGUCGAAAAAGUCUUUGCGUACCUGAGACAAGAGAAGGAUACAUGGUUCUUGUCACGAAGCGCCAAGUCUGCGAAGAACGAAACGAUUACGCAAUUUCUGCAGUUGUGCCUAUUUCCGCGAUGUACAUUCACAACUGUGGACGCCAUGUAUUGUGCGAAAUUUGUACAUACCAUCCAUUCCCUGAAGACUGCAAACUUUUCGACCCUGCUUUGCUAUGAUCGCCUCUUCUGUGAUAUUACGUAUUCAGUCACUUCGUGCACAGAGAAUGAAGCUAAUCGGUAUGGUAGAUUUUUGUGCGCCAUGCUGGAAACUGUGAUGAGAUGGCAUUCUGAGAAAGCCAUAUUUGAUAAGGAAUGCAGCAAUUAUCCCGGGUUUGUAACCAAGUUUCGUGUGAGCAAUCAAUUUUCCGAAGCAAACGAUAUGGUCGGAUUUGAAAAUUACAGACACGUGUGUCACAAGUGGCAUUACAAAAUUACAAAGGCUAUUGUAGUAUGUCUAGAUUCUAAGGAUUAUGUUCAAAUAAGAAAUUCUCUGAUAAUAUUGAUCAAAAUAUUGCCGCAUUUUCCUGUCCUGGCGAAACUCUCUCAGAUCUUGGAGCGGAAGGUAGAGAAGGUAAGAGAGGAAGAGCGUGGGCAGCGUCAGGAUUUGCAUGUUUUAGCUACAUCAUACAGUGGACAGUUGAAGGCUAAAACUCCCAACAUGAUACGCGAAUCCGACUUCCAUCAUGUUGGCGACAAGACUGGAAAGACGUCAGAUGCUACGAAUAAUGAUACAAACGAAAAAGUUAGCAAUGGAGUAGCGACGAAAGAAAAUAACGGAGACACUCGGCCGGAAAAAGAAAACAAGGAGCAACGAGAAAAACGAAGUUCGUCUAAUCAGACGCAUCACAAUAUCAAUUCUUUGAAUAGUGAAAACUCUGAAAAAUUCAGGAAGAAGGAAGAUAAUAAAGACGUCUCGGAAGUAAAAGAGAAAUAUAUUAAAAAGAAGAAGUAAAAGAUGAGGAAGAUUAGACAAAAAGAUCGCAAAUAUUAUAAGGAGGAGCAUUAUUAUAGCAGUGGUAUAGAUAAUUUAGAUCGAGAUCUUUCCAGUGUGUCAAAUAGUAGCGCUAGUUCGGGACCUACGCAAGAAGGUCCUGAGAGAGUUUCAGAUACAAAGAGAAGAAAAAUAGAGAGUACCCCGAAGGAAGGGAGGCGUGCAGAGGCUGUCCUCGAUAAAAAAGAACGUUCCAGCAAAGGAAAAACGCGUGAUGAACAGAAGGAGCAGCGUAGAGAAAAGAAACAGGGACGAAAAAGGGAUCGAACGGAAGAAUCUAUGGUAAUCACCGAACAAAAGCGAAGAAAAGAUGAUGAAAGAGCCAAAGGUACGCAUCAGAACGGUGACAUUCCCGAACAUAGAGAGAAGCAUCAUUACAGUAAGGAGAAAUCCCCAUAUGCAAAGGAUCGUCCUCACGAACGCGAAGGACGCGAAAGCCGUGACAAACACAGAAGAAGUUCAGACCCAAAGCGAAGAUGAUGUACAACAAUCGAAGGGAGCUCGACUUAACAUUUUUUAUGCUAUGUUUGAUGUUGCAUGUAAUGAACGUAGAAUUCGAAAUAAAGCAAAAAAAAGAUAGUGGAUAA